AUGUUUUGCACUCCUGGAAUUCUCAAAUCUGAUAAUGGCCCACCAUUCAAUGGUGAGGAAUUUGAGAAAUUUGCUUCGAUACUAGGACUGAGACAUCGCAAGGUAACCCCACUUUGGCCUAGAGCCAAUGGAGAAGUAGAACGAUUUGUUAAAACGUUUGAGAAGUCGAUCAAAGCAUCAAAAACAGAAGAAAAGAAUUGGAGAAAAGAAAUGCAAAUAUUUCUACAAAACUACCGCACAACCCCUCAUGCUACAACCAGUGUAUCACCCGCAACCUUGUUUCUGAAACGCAUCAUACGCAACAAGCUUCCUCAAAUAAAUGAUAUUGAUCCAGUAUCAGAAAUCGUACGUAAAUAUGAUUAA